AUGGAAGAGAUUAAGGAGAGAGCAAAAACAGAAGAGGUUUCUGAUAUAAAGUUAAGUUUGGUUUUCUACGGUGAGGAGACCAUUCUAUUCGUCGCCGCAAUUUCACGCAGUCGCAGCCUGCUUCUUGCGCAGGGCAACCGGCGAUCCUUCCAGUCUCUAGCAAUGGCGACGGAGAUCGAUUUACCAAAGCCUGAAGAUCUCUUCCGAGCUGCGGGGAAUGGAGACUUUUCACUCUUCACCUCCCUUUCCGCUGAAACCCUCGGCUGGGCCCGUUCACUCAGGAACGAAGAUGACCGAUCCCUCAUACACGUCGCCGCCUCUGCUGGCCGCUCUCAGGUUGUGGAUGUGUUGUCGGCUGGGGAUCCAUCAGCUACAGGUGUUAAUAGUAAGGAUGAAGAAGGUUGGGCGCCCAUUCACUCCGCUGCGAGUAUCGGAAAUGCUGAGAUUGUGGAGAUCUUGCUUAGUAGAGGAGCUGAUGCCAAUUUGGCUAAUGAUGGUGGACGUACUGCUCUUCAUUAUGCUGCUAGCAAAGGAUGGUCCAAAGUUGCUGAAAUUCUUGUAAACCAUGGGGCAAAGAUAAAUAAGAAAGACAAGGUCGGUUGCACCCCACUACAUAGAGCUGCUAGUACUGGUAAGGCAGAGUUAUGCGAACUGUUGAUUGAGGAAGGAGCAGAAAUUGAUGUUGUUGAUAAAGCUGGCCAAACGUCUCUUAUGCAUGCUGUUAUUUGUCAUUAUCAGCAGAUUGCUCUUCUUUUGAUCAGGCAUGGUGCUAGCCUAGAUGUGGAAGACAAGGAAGGUUAUACAGUUCUAGGACUAGCAUCGGAUGACCUCAGACGAUCGUUGAUUGAUGCAGCCAAGGCAAUGCUUGAAGGUUAGACGAUUGAGAGUAUGUGUGGCUGAAACUACAUCCUGUCCUUGUAUCUCCAAUAUCUCCAGACUCCAGAUGAAUGAAUAGUGAAACAUCAGUUUUACUCGUACAAAAUUAGCUUAAAAUGAAGGUCAUAUAUCGAGAAACUGUGACGGUUUUUUAUGGUCUAUUCAAAGAAAUGAAUCGUGUGGUUGUUUCCCUAAACAUCAAAGAAUCACAAUGACAUUUAUGCAUUGUGAGGGAUCCCAAGUUAACCCUUUUAGAUUGGCCCACAGCCAAUCAAGUUGAACCUAAUGGACAUUCAUUUUUUUUUUUCCUCA